UCGCCUGGGUCAUCCCUCACUUUCUCUUUUGAAGUGUCAAAUUAGGAACUUGGGAAGUGUCUCCCUUUUUUUGUGAAGCGUGUCAACUUAGUAAACACCAUCGUGUGUCUUUUGUUCCUCGUAUUGAUAAACGAGCAUCGAGUCCUUUUGAAUCGGUUCACUCUGAUAUAUGGGGACCAAUCAACAUUGAAUCAAACAAGUUUCAAUAUUUUGUUACAUUUGUUGAUGACUACUCUCGUGUGACAUGGUUGUUUUUUAUGAAGGCCAGAUCUGAACUUCUUUCCAUAUUUUAAGUGUUCUGGAAACAAAUUAAAACUCAAUUUAACAAAAAGGUUCAGAUUUUGUGUUCUAAUAAUGCUAGAGAAUAUCUAUCUAGUGCCUUUGCUACUUACCUAAGUGACAAAGGAAUUGUUCAUCAAACAUCAUGUUCGUAUACACCCCAACAAAAUGGGGUGGCUGAACGCAAAAACCGGCAUUUGUUAGAUGUAACCUGAGCACUAUUGCUACAUAUGCAUGUUCCUAAACGGUUUUGGAGUGAUGGUGUUCUUAGUGCUUGUCAUCUUAUUAAUCGUAUGCCUUCAUCAGUUCUUAAUGGUUCAUCUCCCUUCUUCGUCUUGUUUCCAUCAUCUUCACCUUUUUCUCUUCCUCCAAAAAUCUUUGGAUGUGUUUGCUUUGUUCAUAACCUUGGUCCAGGCUUUGAUAAACUUGACCCCCAUUCUACCAAGUCUCUUUGUUGGUUAUUCCCGAACUCAAAAAGGAUAUCACUGCUAUAGUCCUGCUCUUAGACGCUAUUUCACGAGUGCUGAUGUUACCUUCUUUGAGUUUAUACCUUUUUUUUCAAAUACAUUUUCAAGUGUUGAGUGUGAUCCUCUACCAUUACCUACUCUGACAUUAUCUCCCUCACAAUCACCCAACCUUACCCAACCUUCCCCAGUUCCUUUAAAGGUUUACUCACGUCGUUUGCGGUUGCCAGCUCCCAUGCCCCAACCAGUCGUGCCUCCAUCUUCAGAUCCUGAGUUGCCCAGUACUUCGGACUCUCUACCUAUUGCUCUUCGCAAAGGAUGCAUUAUCUGAUCCGGGAUGGAAGACAGCUAUGGAAAAUGAAAUGGAUGCUCUUCAUCAUAAUGGCACAUGGGAUCUUGUUCCAUUACCACCUAGUAAACAACUUGUUGGCUGUAAAUGGGUAUACACUAUCAAAUUUCAUCCUAAUGGUUCUGUAGAACGUCUAAAAGCCCGCUUGGUUGCAAAGGGCUACACUCAAACCUAUGGCAUUGACUACGAAGAGACAUUCUGUCCAAUUGCCAAAAUAUCUUCUGUUCGAGUGCUAAUCUCUCUUGCUGCUAAUUUAGACUGUCCCUUA